CCCAGGAAGCCCUUUUAUUGGGCUGGUUAUAUAAAAGUAGGCGGUACUUGACUAUUUGUAUGGACUUUAAAUAAAGGCACUCAGUUAUUUUUUUAUUUAUUUUAACAAAGAAUCGACUUGUUUACAUAAACCAGUGGAGAAACAACUGACAACCAAUCACAACCACACAGAGAUUACCACCCUGUCAACGAAGAUUAUAUAUACACAGCUCCACUGUGCAUCACUUAUUCUGGUCAGAAACAGCAGAAUACGUUGUGAUAUCAUGCAGUUCUACGUGGUAGGUCUGCUCGCUCUCUGUGGGCACGCUCUCAGUCAAGAGUGUAAGACGGAGCUUUUGGAGAAAACAGACUUCCAGGGAGAUGACAUCAUCAAUAUGUUGUCUCCGGAUGCCGAGCAUUGUCAGCUCGCGUGCACCCAGCACCCAACCUGCAGGUUCUUUACCUUCACCACUGGGAAUUUCAAAUGCUACCUGAAAGAUUCAUUAUCUGGACAGCCAAGUAAAAAGGUUAUCCUUUCUAAAGCAAUCUCUGGCUUUGCUCUCAAAGGAUGUGACCCCUCAAUACAAACGUGUCAAAGGCUUCUCCACAAGGUGUAUCCAAACGUGGACUUCCUGGGAGGUGAUUUCCUGUCCCUGUUCACUGACAGCCAUGAGGAGUGUCAGAGAGCCUGUACCAACCAGCCAGGCUGCCAGGCUUUCACCUUCCUCACUGAAAACUACACAUCUGAGCAGUACAGGUACAAGUGCCAUCUGAAGUUCCUCUGGACAGUCCCCAGACCCCUGAAGGUCAGAAACCUCCCAGAGGCUUUCUCGGGAUUCUCUAAGAAUCUUGAUCCACAUCUAUUGGGAAGCAAGGAAGCCUGUAAAACCACAAUUUUCAACGACACUGAUGUCAAAGGGGAGGACCUGGAGCAAGUUCCUGCUGUGUCUGCGGAACACUGCCAGCAUCUGUGCACGUCCCACCCACUUUGUAGCUACUUUAGCUUCCACAAAAUACUACAUACCUGCUACCUGAAAAACAAUAGAGAUAUGAUGAAGCUUGUGGCUGAGAAGAACAUGUUUACUGGGAUGCCAACGAGGCACUGUGCUCCCUCUAGUGACUGGGUGUUUGCUGACUAUGAUGGGGUAGAUUUCUGGGGCAACGACAAGAAGUUUGUGUUACUGGAUGACAAGGAGUCUUGCAGGCAGGUCUGCAAUGAGGACCCGGCCUGUCAGUUUUACACCUACCUUUCAUCAUCCUUUAAUGAUCCUGUAUACAGGCGUCGCUGCUACCUGAAGCUGAUCAUCACCCUUCCCCUACCCCCUAAAGUGGGGUCGUUGCCCAACGUUGUGUCUGGAUUCUCCCUGUAUUGUGGUUUGUCGACGCAAGCUCAGAUUGUAGGAUGAAAGAUCUCACUGUGAUGUAAGAUCAGUGUGCUGUAGAAUAGUUUGAAUAAAUGAAUACAACAAAG